GCCGGGUCGGAGCGGGGCCGGAGCCGCCGCGCCCGCUCCAUGGAGGCCGCGGCCGAGGCCCCGGCGGGGCCCGCGGCGCUCAGCUGCUUCUCCUACAACCAGGACUGCACCUCCCUGGCAAUUGGAACCACAACUGGAUACAGGCUUUUCUCCUUAAGUUCUGUGGAGCAACUGGACCAGGUCCAUGAAAGCAAUGAAAUCCCAGAUGUUUACAUCGUGGAGCGUCUCUUCUCCAGCAGCCUUGUGGUCGUGGUCAGCCAUGCCAAGCCACAGCAGAUGAAUGUGUACCACUUCAAGAAAGGGACAGAGAUCUGCAACUACAGCUAUUCCAGUAACAUCCUGUCCAUCCGCCUGAAUCGCCAGAGGCUGGUUGUUUGCCUGGGGGAGUCCAUUUACAUCCAUAACAUUAAGGACAUGAAGCUUUUGAAGACUAUUCUGGAUACACCUACAAAUACAACAGGUCUGUGUGCUCUCUCCAUCAACCACGCCAACUCCUACUUGGCUUAUCCCGGCAGCGCGACCAGCGGGGAGAUCGCGCUUUACGACGGAAACACUCUGAAAACAGCCUGUACGAUCCCUGCCCACGACGGGCCUCUGGCUGCUCUCGCCUUCAACUCCACUGGCUCCAAGCUGGCAAGUGCUUCUGAAAAAGGCACAGUCAUUCGUGUGUUUUCCGUUCCUGGGGGGCAGAAGCUGUGUGAAUUCCGGCGGGGGAUGAAAAGGUACGUGAACAUCAGCUCUCUGGUGUUCAGCAUGGAUUCCCAGUUCCUCUGUGCUUCCAGCAACACAGAGACAGUGCACAUCUUUAAACUGGAGCAUCUCACUGACAGCCGGCCAGAAGAGCCUCCAACUUGGAGUGGUUACAUGGGAAAGAUGUUCCAGGCUGCUACCAACUACCUCCCUGCUCAGGUCUCGGGCAUGAUGAGCCAGGAUCGAGCCUUCGCCACCGUCCGCCUCAACUUCUCCGGGCAAAGGAACAUCUGUGCCCUCUCCACGAUCCAGAAGCUGCCUCGGCUGUUGGUGACGACGUCAGACGGACACCUCUAUAUCUACAACUUGGACCCGCAGGACGGAGGGGAGUGUGUGUUAAUGAAGAAACACAGUCUGCUUGGCUCAGGAAAGAUGGAGGAGAACAAAGAAAACGACCUUCGGCCUCCAUUACCUCAAUCUUACGCAGCAACUGUAGCCAGACAAAGUACAGUGCCUUCAACUUCAACCAUGCCAGGUUACUCUGAGGACGGCGGGGCCCUGCGAGGAGAGGUCAUCCCCGAGCACGAGUUUGCAACUGGACCAGUGUGUCUGGAUGACGAGAAUGAGUUUCCUCCUUGUGCAACAAAAAGACAUUUAAAACCCUCAAAACUUGUGACAAAAUGGAAUCUUCAGGCACAGCCCACGCCACAGGGAUGGCUUUGAACUUGGACAGGCCGCUGGAGAAACAGCAGCACUCAGACCCAGCAGCUCCUCUGCGUUUGGAAACAUCCUGCCCUGACCCUCAAGCGACACUUCAGAGGCUCAGCUGUGAAAGAGUGAGGGAAAGCAGCUUCAGGCUCGCAUCAGAUCCGUUGCUGGUUGUUGAAAAGUGCCUCUUCAUUAAGCAGGAGGAGGGAUGGAUCAGAGGAGAGAGCAGCAGCUCGAGGACAGCUCAUAAAGAACGGCCUCAGCAAGAGCGAAGGCGGAUGGAUGCUGCCCCCCAUUGCAGCAGGACUGCGGAGGGAGCAAGAGGUUAAACAAGUGCACUUGUGUCUCUGCUUGCAUUGCUGGGCUGGAUUCAGCCUGCCCAGGGCUGCUGUGCAUCCCACAGAAAGAACUGUGGUGGUGCUGAGGUGGACAGCUAGAGGCUCAGGUGAGGAGCUGCAGUGCUGGAGGCGUGCUGGGAGGAGGCCGUGCUCAGGGACGCUGUGGGAUGGGAAGAGCAAACCCAUCCCCAGCUGCAAACCCCUGUGGCAAUUACAGCUCUUUCCUGGUUACCUGCUCCAGCAGCUGCCACUUCUCUGUGGGUUUUCCAGCACCAGUGAAGUUUCCAGCAGUGUCAGCUCUUGGUGUGUGGGCUUUGGGCCAGGCUCUGCUCUUGGGAGCUACUGCAGUGUCUCUCCCCACUACAGUCAGAACAGUUUUGGGGUAGUGCUGUGAGCAUUGACAAAAGGGAUCCUACAAGAUCCAGCAGCAAGAUGGACCUGAGGAAUGCAACCAGGGAUCUUCUUAAAACUCCUUGGAUUCAGUCAGGAGAGGUGAUUCCUUCCAGCAGACUGCUCAGUGCUUUCCCAGGCACGUGUGAUCCGUCUGCAUUGGCUGCACACCAAAGCCUCUCAGCCUUGGGACCAGAGCUGAUGUGAAGGCUUUACCAGGAGAGCCAGGCUUUACCAGGAGAGCCAUCUCAGUGGGGACUGUACAGUAGUCACCUCUUCAGAGGCAGCUUCCCCUUUGUAAAACACAUCUUUCUCAUGUCCCUUUUUGGCUACCUCCAAACUGUUUGGGCAACCUGCUUGCGCUGGCAAAGGCUGCUCCUGCCUGUAUGUGCCUGUGGCUCGUGCCCACAGCAUUGGUUAUGGGGUACACAGGGUGUGAUCCGUUCCCCCAGCAGUGAGCAGCAGCUCCUGGCUGCAGCUCCCACCUCCUCCCUGGCAGGAUGGGCAGGAGCCUGAGCUGAGCAGCCCUGGGCACCGCAGCCGCCCUCACCAGCCACAUGUUCAGUGUUGAGCCUCGUUUCUCCUGGAGGGAGAAAUCAGUGCUGUGAAGGGAGCUGCAAAACCCCCUCAGCUCCAAACCAUGGAUCCUAACACAAGCAGCCAGGCUGUAGAUGCAUCUUCACCUCGGUGGGAGCUGUGUUUGCUCCUUGCUGGGUGCUGUUUCACUCCUGUUGUGGCUGUGGGAUGCUCCUGAUUUGAAGUGAUCUGUAGCAGCUGCCUGUUAGCAGAGGAGAGGCCACAGAUCUUGCACUGAAGCUCUCCUGGUAGUUCUCUUUCAUGAGGGAUGAGCAACUUUAGCAGAACCUGAGCAGCCUCUUCUCCCUCACAGCAGCUCCUGCCCUGGUAACUCAGGCCUUUUGGGCAGCUGGGGCUUGCAGGAUUAAGCCCAGUCUACAGUACAUCAUCAAUCCAGUGCUAAAGCUUGUGCCUCAGACCUGAGGGUCCCAAAGCCCAAGGAGAGAGAUCCCAGGAGGAGGAGGAGGUGGCUCAGAGCCCUCCUGCAGCAGGGCUGUGGGGAUGGCAUCGUGCUGCAGGUGAUGUCUGGCAUGGCAGGGGACAUCUGGGCCUUGGUCCAUGGCUUGUGCCCACAGAGGGACCCAUCUGGGUGCUGCAGCAGCUCCACAGCUCUGCCCAAGCCUCAUCCAGGAGCAGCUGCACAUCUUACCCAGGGUCUCAAGCCUCAUCCAUGCCAUGGGUAGCACGUGGUUGUGAAGUGUGUGGUGUGGUGUGAUGUGGGCCAGGGCUCUUAGUGCUGCCUGUUGUAUGUCUCUGCUCUACCCUUUGACUCAAAGGUUUGCUGGUACUCGGGUUAAGCUUCCCCUCAGCUAACACAGCUUCACCCUGGGCUCCAUCUGGAGACCCCGGAGAGACACAGUGGUGCAUGGCACACACCUUCCCCUCCUGCAUGUUGGAGCUGAACUUCUGGGGAGGACUUGGUGAGGCAAAUGGACUUCACCCCUAAUACCUGAACUGCAAGCACAGCCCAAUGCCAGCCAGAGGCAAGCCACUCAGCACCAAGCCAGGCCUAAGACACACUCAGCACCAAGCCAGGCCCCUCCCGUUCCCAGGACUGUAAAUUAGGGGAGGGAGAGUGUAAACAACCAAAUCUGCCUUUGAAUGGCAAGUAAAACACUGCAGGACAUCCCUCCCCCUUCUUGAAACACCCCUUGCUGGGAAAAGAAGUAAGGCCGUUCUGUUUUGAUUUUGGUAGAUAAUCUUGUGCCGUGGAGGGGAGCCGGGCAAAGCCAAGAGGCCGUGAGGACACACAGCCCCACGCCUGGGAGAGCCACCAGCAAACAUCUCUGAGUCCCCAAGAUGAGAAAAGCCAGCAAGGCAAGGUGGGCCCCUGCUUGUCCUCCGGUACGUUUCGGGGCCUGGCCGGCAGCCCCGUGUCUGGGGUUGGCUCUGGGGGUGUCUGUGUGCUGUGUGGAACAAACCAGGGCUGAUGCAAAUGCUGACUUGAGCACAUUUGUAUGUCACCACCAUUUUAUAGACCCCUUUUUUUUCUAAUUUAUGCUGUUUCAUGUGUAUAAAUGUACUUACAGGAAGAGAUAUUAAACUUAUGUCUUUGUACAGUAUAUACAGAGCUAUUUCACCCAAGUACUUUUGCUGUGUUGGUAGAGAAGGUGCCAGUUGCUAUGUCUAAAGAGAGAAUAAAGCCACGGUCUGUCCCCAGCA